AUUUCAGUUUAGAGCAUUUUAGAGCGUUCUCACCCGAAAUAUAUUAUGCCCAGUCUCAACUCAACAUUCUCUAAAUAAAAGCCAGGAAUAUUUCUACGGCCUUCGAUAUUAUUCAUUUCUAGCCUCAAAAGGAAAUAAUUAAGGAGAUGAAUAAUGGAAUAGUGGAGAAGGCUAUUAGCAGCCUGGGGAGAGGCUUCGAUUUAACAUCGGAUUUUCGACUCAAGUACUGCAAAGGCAGAGAAAGGUUGAUUCUACUCAAUGAAACCGAGAAAAAAGAGAUCUCCAUACCUGGUUUUGGAGCUUGCAAAGAUGUUUCCGUUGAUAUCAAAUGCGACAAAGGCGAUCGCACUCGUUAUCAGUCUGAUAUGCUUGAUUUCAAUCAGAUGGCGGAGUUUUUCAACCAGAAAUGCCGUCUAGGGGGAAAAAUCCCAUCCGGGGAAUUCAAUUCAAUGUUUGGAUUCCAAAGCGGGUUGUGGGCGAAAGAUGCUGCCAAAACCAAAUGUUUAGGACUUGAUGGAUAUUUCAUAGUGUUGUUCAAUCUCCAUAUCGAUCGAUCUCCUCUCUUGCUUUCUGAUCAAGUUCUUAAUGACGUUCCUUCUGCUUGGGAUCCUCCUGCACUGGCAAGAUUCAUAGAGAAAUACGGGACGCACGUGAUAGUGGGAUUAAGCAUUGGUGGCCAAGAUGUAGUCCUGGUCAGGCAAGACAAAUCGUCAAAUUUGCAACCUUCACAGCUCAAGAAACAUCUGGAUGACCUUGGUGACCAAUUAUUUACAGGCACUUGCUCUUUUACCCCCAAUACCAAGAACCAAAGGCUAAAGGUACCCCAAGCUUUCAAUAUCUUUGGCCAACUACCUCUUGCAUUCAGUAGCUACCCCUCCAUCAGUACCAAAAAUGGAAUCUCUGUUAUAUGUUCCAAAAGGGGAGGUGACCCAGAAGCUAAUAGCCAUUGUGAGUGGCUUCCCACAGUUGCUGGAAGGCCUGAUGCCAUUCACUUUAACUUCAUUCCCAUCACUUCUCUGCUUAAAGCUGUCCCUGGCAAAGGUUUCUUAUCCCAUGCCAUCAACUUAUACCUUCGUUACAAGCCUCCUAUAGCUGAUCUACAGUACUUUCUUGACUUCCAAUCACACAAGAUUUGGGCUCCCAUUCACAAUGACCUUCCAUUGGGUCCUUCCCCCAAAAGAGCUUCUUCAUCACCAGCCCUUCAUUUCAACUUAAUGGGUCCUAAGCUUUAUGUAAACAAUUCUCAGGUCAUAGUAGGGAUGAGGCCAAUCACUGGAAUGCGUUUGUAUCUUGAGGGCUUCAAAUGCGAUAGGCUAGCAAUUCACCUCCAAUAUCUAUGUAACCUACCAAAAGCAUUCGAAAACAAGAUAGACGACAUGCAAUACUGGCAAGCAUCGGAUGAUAGAGACGAUCCUGUUCUGUUCUUCGAAGCCAUUCAUCGCAAAAAGUUUUCCCAUGUAUGCACUGCCCCAGUCAAAUACAACCCGGAAUGGACCACCGCAGCCGGAAAAGACGCCGUUUUCAUCGUCACCGGCGCACAGUUGAACGUAAAGAAACACGACUCCAAGAGUGUUCUCCAUCUCAGACUGUUGUUUACCAAGGUGUCUGGUUUUUUCAUAGUGCAGUCAAGUUGGGCGCAAGCCGACUCAGGGUUUUCACAAAGGUCGGGUUUACUUUCAGCGAUAAGCCAAUCCCUAACGGGCAACGCUUUGAAAGAAAAGGAGGAGGUGGCGGUUGUGGUGGAUUCCGCAGUGUACCCAACAGGGCCACCGGUGCCGGUUCAAACACCAAAGCUAUUGAAGUUCGUAGAAACGUCGCAAUUAUGUAAAGGGCCUCAAGAUAGUCCAGGAUAUUGGCUGGUUACGGGUGCCAGGUUACAAGCGGAGAAAGGGAAGAUAAGUUUGCUUGUAAAGUUUUCUUUGUUAAAUAUAUGUUAGCUAACAUAUGAUCCUUUGGGGAUUAAUUUAAAUCUCGUAGAGAAAUUUAUUUUUUC